AAGCGGCAAGUGUCACGGUGAAGCAGGAUGCGCCGCAGUUUCAAAUAAAACGCAAAUUAAACUCCAUAAAACCGUCAAAAUGAACAAAAUGAACAGGUCCCAGGAUUUUGACUCGUAUGAGAUCGAGGAGCCGAGUGACGAGGAACAGGCUCAGAGCAGCUCUGAGGAUGAGUUGGAGAUUCUGCUAAAUGGUACUCCGCAACAGAAAAAGAAGCUGAUUCGUGAGUACCUGACCGGAGAGAGCGAGUCUUCAAGUGCAGACGAGUUUGAGAAGGAGAUGGAGGCGGAACUUAACUCCACAAUGAGAGACAUGGAGGGCUCCUGGGGGCCCGGGACCAGCGCACCAGGGCAGGCUGAGACAUCAGGUGGUGGAGGAGGAGGAGGAGAAGCAGCGAAUCCUCAAAUGUACGACAAAGUUUACUUUGACUCAGACUCAGAGGAAGAAGACACACCCAGCAGUUCAACAGGAAAGAGACGGAGACAGCGGACUGUUCUGACCAAUGAUGAGCUUCUGUAUGACCCAGACGAAGACGAUCGGGACCAGGCCUGGGUCGACAACAAGAGGAGACAGUACCAGAGCAGGCGUCGGCCCCCUGGUGGUGCAAGGGCAGCGGUGCGCUCUCAGGGCCUCUGCAGCAGUGACGCAGUGUUAAACUGUCCAGCCUGUAUGACCACGCUCUGCCUCGACUGUCAGAGACAUGAAAAGUACCGGACCCAGUACAGAGCCAUGUUUGUGAUGAACUGCACCGUGAAAAAAGACGAAGUCCUGAGAUACAAAACCCAACCAGAUCCACGCAAGUUCAGGAACAGACGCAAACGCAAAGCUCCGGGGACCCAGACCGGACCUGAACUAAACCAGGGACAGAACCAGGGACUAGAACAGGGACUAAACCAGGAGCAGAGACCGGACCAGAGACCAGAGGGCCUGGACUCAGAGGAGGUCUACCAUCCUGUCCAGUGCUCUGAAUGCUCCACAGAAGUUGCUGUUUUUGACAAAGACGAAGUUUAUCAUUUCUUCAACAUUCUUGCCAGUCACUGCUAACACUAUGAACGACACUGCUAAUGCUAUGAGCUAACAAGCUAAUGGUCCAGGCUAACAGAGUCAUUACUCAAUUUGGUCCGUUAUCAUUUAACUCAUGUGCUCAGUUUAAAUGUCUAUACCACAGUUCAACUAUUUUAAAGAGUUUAUUUGUAGAAAGACAAACAAGAAUUAUAGUUUUUGCUCAAAAUUAUCAAAUUUGUACUGUUUUUAACAUCUGAAUUCAUACAUAAAUACAAUUUAAAUAUAUAAUACAUUGAGCCAAUAUUUGUCAUUAAAAUUGUGAAUUUUCUAAGUGUAAAUUUGAUUGAACAAAUGAGGUUAGUUUUGAGCACAGUUACUAUGGUAACUUCAGCCCUACGCCAAAGUAUCUGGGCAUGCUCAGUAUGAAAUCUGUGCCAAGUUGGGUAAUGAUAAACCAAACUAAUGAUCCAAACUAGCGAUCUGGGCAAAACAGGAGCACCACCAAAACAAAAGACUGUUAGCUCCAAAUCUCAAAUUUCAGGUCUGAAAUUAUAAAAUCUGAUGUCUGAGUGAUGCCUGAUUUUUUCUUGUUUGAAUUUUUUUAUUUUUGCUUUAGUAUUUUCUCUCAUAUCCAGGUUUUGUACAGUUGUUUCUUAUAUUUCUUUUUAAAGGUUUGGUCAGAACAGAAUGACAAUAAUUUUUAAAAUAAUACGCUUUCCAGACACUCA